AUGUCGUCCUCUCGGCUCUCGUUGCGUCCCUCGCCCUCACGACCCAAAUCUUCCGGCAGGAAAGCAGCUCUACUGCCUGCUCAAAUCCCUCUCCCGCCGUCGCCUCCCGCCUCAGAUGGAAUCGAAGAUCCCUUCGGUCCGCAAUCACCCCAGCGGGGAUCCUCCCGUCGAGUCUCCCCACGAGCUAAAACAUCCGCGUCUCGGCAACCUGUCCCCCAACCUCCACGUCGCCGCAGCACCCAUCUGGCGCUCGAGGCGGUCGUCGAAUCCAAGCAAGACAUCGGCCGAACGCGCUCCAGGAAGCGUUGCGUGCUUGCAGACCAGCUCGACUCCAGCUCGCCUCCCACGAGUCCGACCAACAGGAAAUCCGCCCGGACUACUAAGCGAGUCAAGCUUUCCCAAGCAUCUCCUGCUUGUCGAUCGCCACCCUCUUCGCCCAUUCGUGCCCCCAGAGAUACUCCUAAUAACCCGUUCCUUGUCAAAGCCGGCGAGAAACCGCGCCGGGCUGGCGCCCGACGCGACGAAGAACACCGCAAAUUGGUCUAUGUCUUCCGAGGAAAACGAAUACCGUAUGACACGACGGAGGACUUGAACCACGCCGGAGGAUCCCCGUUUGGCUCGUCGUGUCCGAAGCUCUUGUUCCCGUCGCCGCCGAGUCCCGGGCCCGCACGGAAGCUGAAGUUCACGGACGAGGACGAGAUCUUCGGCGGGAGUGGUGGGGGAGGACAGAUGAGUCCCAGUCGGGCCAACCAACGCGACCGCACCCAGCUCGGCUACCAGACCCCCAAACGCGACAACAACAAGGCUAAAAAUCGUCCCGACGGCUCCCACAUGCUUCCUACCCCUCAGAGUAGACCUCGACGCUCGGUCGUCCCUCCGGCUUCUUCUUCUCGUCAAGUCCUCGCUCACCCCGUCAAGACCGGUAAAACCAUGGCUAAGGCUAUGAGAUGA